UAUAAAUGUAAGAUCUAUUAACCAAGGAUCGAGUUAGAUUUGUCCAACAUAAGCUCAUGUUAAACUGCAACAUCAGGAAGUUUAAAAAAUGUUAAGUUUUUAGUGGGGUACCUUUCGAUUUCUAUAGACGCCUGUAAAUAUACUAGUGUGGAAAACAGGAAUAGAAGGACAUCUUUAAAUACAGAUUUUAGAGAAGCAGCAGCAUGAGGCAGACCGUGUUGGUGAUUCUGGUGGCAAUAGGACUUCAGUCGGUCAAUUCAUUUACACCCGAUAGCCAGUAUGCGAUUUCUACAGUGGAGUCAAAUGUCACACAACGACCUAACGAUAACCAUCCAUUUUGCGAAUUUGCCGUUACAAACAUCAGCAAAACUUAUUUUAAGAACCGAAUCCACUGGUAUGAACCAGAUUUUAUUACAUUUCAACUUACCUUACUCAACGAUUCGUUCGUUCGGAAUGCUACACAAGAAGUUUUUCAUCCCGACGAAUGGUUUUGGACCUACAACACGAGUCAUGGGGAAUACCCCUAUUUGUACUUGAACUUCGAUUUUGGACUGCUCACAUUUGGGCUCUUAGAACAGAAAACUGAACAUGUAGAUUUCGUUCGUUUGAAUGUUACAUCUAAAGGUAAAUGUGUGCUUUCAAUUGGAGACAAUUCAACCAAUACUUACAUUGCGCACGCCUUAUCAGAAAUAUUCGACCAAGUCGGAGACGAAGACUUAACUCGUUUUAAAACACUGUACUUUUGUUACAUGUCUAUUGAUAAAAAUGCUAAUAGGACAUGGGCAUACACAGCAGGAGUAUACUUCAACUACCCAGUUCCAUUCAUUCAAUAUACUUGUUGCAUCAUGAAAUACAACUAUUACAGUAAAACAUUCAUACAAUCAACAUGUUCGUUUAAACCUCAGAAAUGGAGUUUAUGUACAAUUGGACCUUAUGUAAUUGGAAUCAUUAUUUUUCUAUACUUUCCGAUUGUACUGUUUCGAUUCUUUCAUACUCUGACAUCAGAUGAACUCAUUCAGUCUUAUGACCACGAACUCCUUUCUGAUCUCUCGACAAAUUCACCUUCAACCACGUGGCUAGAAGAUACAUGGAUAUUUCUUGAUGGAAAUUCGCCUCUCACUUUGUCGUAUCUUGCGAGUAGUCUUUUUUCAGGCUUCAAGCGCUCGCAUCCGGUCAUGUUUUCACGAUUUCGCCGUCUGUUUUGUUUGAUUUUGGUCCCAACUUUUCUAUUUUUAAAGGUGCUUUUAUAUCGAAAUGGUACAGGGAAAAUGGGUUAUGGAGGUAAGGAAAUGAAAAUUAUGGUUCAAGAUAUUGUUGGCGUAGGAACACCGAUCGGAUUUCUGAGCAUUCUUGGAAAUUCGUCAGACGCUAGGAAAACGUUUGUACCAUUUCUUGGCGGUCCUUUCGGAAUGUUAGGCGCAUAUCUCACAAUUGGAAUAGUUCUCAUCGUUAUGCCAAGAAGUCUGAAACAGAUUGUUGAGAAUGGUAUGCCGAGGAAAAGAAAAUGGUCAACACUAUUUCUGAGUGUAGACGAGAUCCUUCGAAUGGCCAUGCUAAAACCCAAAACCGAGCCUGGUUAUCACCGGGCUGCUGCAGUGUUUACGGGGAGUUUUUAUAUGUUGUUUAAUCGUCCCUUCUGGCACAAACUAUUCUACGAACAAAAAAUGCGAUUCAGUUACGUUUGGAUGUGGUCAAAAAGUGUGUAUAUGUUUGUUUUUCUGUUUCUUGUUCUACUAAGCGCCUUUGAGAUUUUCGUCUGCGUUGUUUACAAUUUAAUUCCAUUUUUUAACUUUGCUGUCAUCUCGGUAAAGGGAGCUGUGUUAACUAUUGUUGCUCAAAGACGCUAUUGUUAUAUUAAUUGUGCGAGAGUUUUAUUCAAUUCCCCCUUGGCAUGGUUGAUCGUGUUGAUAUGUUCUGGUCUUUUCACAAUUUUCGCGUACACAUUGUGUUUAAUUUACAUCGAAAGUUUUAUGUUCAUUUCACAAAUUACAAUAAUGUGUUUUGUAGCGGUUAUCGUGACUCCUACAACCGCGUUUGGAUUCCUGUUCUUCGUUCUUGUACUUGUGGUCUACUUGGCGAAACUAGCGCGUGGAUUUGGAGAUGUAUAUUUUGAUCUACUUUCAAUAGCAAUUGAAAAAUCAUUGCACAUAGAAGCACCAGUCAAUCAAAUAUUUAUCCAAGACGGUAAUAUUGAGAUUCCAAAUAUUUGCGCCAGACACGUGAAAAGCAUUCGAAUUAAAGGUACAAUACUUGACGUGUCAGACAACACGCUACAAAAGAUUAACAGGUCGCAAGUGCAACACAAGACAAUGCAAAGAGGAAACACACAUGGCAUUCCAAAAGAUCUGUUCAAAUACCUAAUUGAACGACACAGGCCUGUUCACAUUCAAGUACUGAAAGUUAUUUUCCGUUUUGCACUCAUUAUCACUUUGAUCGCACUCGCAAACGCAAUUUCAUUUGAGUUCAGCACCCCGGAAACGUCCGAAGUGAUGCACGUGAUCUUUGUAGUCUCGGUGGGCGCUUUGCCUCACUUGUUUGAGAUCAUGAUGGAAGGAAGCGAAGUUGUGAAGCGCCAGUUGGAGGAGGCAGAGAUCGAGCAGUCCAUUUUGAGAUACUGGCGUGCACGUGCAGAACUAGACGUUAGCGACGUGUCGUGGCCAUGAAAAGCUAGCGUGCGUGACGUGCAGAAAAUGCGAUGCAGAGAUGAAUACAAAACUAACGACUCUGCUCCUUGAGAUUAUUUUAUUUUUCCGAAUGCAUUUGGCAUUGUUGAAUGCUGUUUAGCACAACAUGUAUAUAUGCAUAUUUGUAUAACCAUGUAUUCUCCAUGUAUUUGGUUAAGUUUUGAUGCUGUUGUUUUUUAUUUACUAUUGUACAUAAUCAAGUUAUUUAAUUAAAUGAACGAGUAUGUGUAUUUUAUCAUAUAUUAUGUAUUGGUGACUCUUUCAAGACAAGGCAUCGUAUGUCAUUUUGGAUAUUAUUGGUUCUUUCAUUUCUUUAAAACUGUUUAGCACCCAUAUUCAUAUUAUACCUGCGCUGAAAUAACGACCCGUGUGAAAGUGUGCAUGUGUUUCGGGCUUGUAGAAAUGAAUACCAAGUCAACUACUAUGCUCUUUGAGGUCAUUUCAAUUUUUCAGAGCACAUUUGUGGCAUCAUAGAAUGUUGUGUAGAACAACAUGUUUAUAUACAUCAUUUUAUAACCAAUUGUCCAUUUAUUUGUUUUAGUUUUUGUUGAUGCUGUUGUUGGUGGUGUUCAUCUGUUUUACAUAAUUAAGUUAGAUCUUAUUAUUAAAUGUACUAUUAUAUGUAUUUUAUCAUAUAAAAUGUUGUGAUGGCUUUUGUUAAACAAGUUAUCGGAUAAUGUCAUGUUGGAUAUCAGUGGUUUAUUUCAUUUUCUUAAAUGUGUGUAUCAUCUGUAUUCAUAGUAUAUCUUCGUAAACAUAACAACAAUCAUUAUUUUCUUUAUGUGUUUCAAAAUCCUGUAUUUAUCUUGGUUUACACGUGAUUCAUUCGUUUUUUGUUUAUAUGAGUCGUGUUCUGAGAAAACUGGGCAUA